GGCAUGAGCAAAAUUUAAUGCGGGUACAAUAUUUAUUUAUCAUUACUACUUAUCAAUUUGUGAAAAGUUUACUAAUUUUUUUUAAUUAUGAACAAAGAUUUCUGAUAAUAUCAAAUUAAUAUCACCUUGUUCCGUCACACCUUCCCCUAUGCGUAUUCCACAUGCAUUAGAAAAUGUUAUAAAAUCGUUGGAAGCAAAUGGAUCAAACGAUAAAAAGUCUGAUAAUAUAAAAGCAAGAGUAAUUUUAAUGUUAGUGGGAAAAGUAGACGAACAAGACUAUAGUUAUCGAGAGACGCGUGAUCAAAAAUUAACUGAUCUUCGUGAUAUGAUCUACGAGAUUUCUCAACAUGAUACUUUAAUACGGUUGAAACAAUGUCAUUUUGAUGUUUUACGCGUCAUACCUUCUUAUGAAACAGUUGAAAAAGACAUUCCAAGGGCAAAAAUCAAUAUACCAAAUUUACAAACGGAAUUUUCAAUAUCAAUAUAUAAUAUUCCGUUAGGUCGAAGGUAUCUAACGCGUUCCAUGUUGCAUUUAGUUCAGCUGCAUUUAAAUUUAAAUUCUUUGCGACUUUUGGAAGUUCCAAUGAAGAAAUCAAAUAAUACGAAAUCAUCGUAUGAAGUAAACUUACUAUAUCCAGCGGGAGAUCACAUUCCUCGCAGCACACCCAUUGAAGUUUCAAAAACGAGAAUAUACGAAGUUGAUCACUUAAAUUAUCGUCAAGUCGUUCUCAAGUGGGUUCAGAGGCUUCAUGGAUUAGAUCAGUUGGCGACAAGCUGUACACACAUGGUUACACCAACAGAAAUUUCCCCACCAACUCGCGCUUUAAUGUCGAGUUUAAUGAAGGGAGCAAUUUACGCUUUAGCUGAUGCAUCAGAGUUAUCAAACAUUGGUGGCAUUUCUAGUAUUCAAAAUGAAAACGGAAGAUCCGUACCAUUUUCACACAUUAUAUUGUUUCGACAAGAUGCAUUAUAUCUUCAUUGUCAACAUAUUAAUUAUAGACAAAAUAUUCACAUUGAAGAUGCUAUGUACUUUAAUAAAGUUCCUUCUAAACCUAAACUAGGUACUAUGUUUAAAAGUGUUGCACCAACCGAUCUAAUGUUUUUCGAAAAACAUAUAAUGAGGCCUAAUUAUAUCCAGAGUAUUAAAAAUAUUCAAAUACCAGAAAGAAAAUGUCAAUUUAUUCAGACUACUACAAAUUUGGAUAUUGAAACCCGUUGGUUAUUGUCUAUGCUAAGUUCGAAUAGUGAUGACGGUAUUAAAUUACAGCUUGGUCUAAACGCAGGGACUCCCGUUUAUGAAAUAAUAACACAAUUGAAGAUACUAUUAUGUGUUGAUACGCCAAGUGAAGAGAGUGUGAAAAUAAUAAAUGAAAUAUUGGAUCGUUUAUUAAUGAUGGGAAGAAGAUCGGACUCAUUUCAAGAUCAAAAAAAUGCGAAUAUUGUUUUGAAACAAAUACCUUCAAUUGCUAAAGUUUUCCAAUCUUCCUCUCCAAUGCAUGGAGAGAUAUGUGACGUAAUUCUUGCGAGGAUUCGACCAGACGGUACAGAAAACAAGCAAGCACAUGUAUCACAACCUCAAUCAGAUACUUUUGGGUCUUCUUCAGAGCCCAUGAUUAUUGUUAAAGAAGAACCAAAAGAGUCACAAGCAGUAUGGCAACAAUUUGAUCAAUUCAAUUCAAUGACAUAUCGAGAAAAACAAGAUUUUCUGAAUGAGCAAGAAACAUCAUCUUUACAAGCACCUACGAGAAAUAGAAUGUUUUUAUAUCGAGGAAAAGGUACUCAAGCAUUAGGAAGACGUCGACCACAAGGAUAUUCUAAUUUUGGAAAAAAUGAAACAAUUUCAAGAGAUGAUGAUACAAUUCGACAUCCACCUGCUCCUUAUCUACGAGUAAAGCCGGUUGAUGAAAAAACUAUUGCGCUGGAAAAAGAUAAUUAUAUGAAAAGAUUGGGUAAUCCUAAAUCUUUACUUUAUCAAUAUUGGUUUGGAAAACAAACCGAACAAUUAUUACCAGGAGAACAAAAGUAAUAAUUUAAAUUCAGAGUUUAUAUUUACAUGAUUAUAUUUUGAAAUUAUACUUCAAUUUUUCUAAAUUCUAUACAAUUCUUUACUAAUUAAAGAGUUACAAUAUUUAUAUAUUUACAGUAUACAGUUACAACUUGAAUUCUAAUAAAUUAGAAAAAUAAAAACUAACCUAUUUAAAUAAAGCUUUACUGAAAAAUCUGAAUGCAUAAAACUACAAAAUUGGUUGAGUGUGGGAUUGCCUUUCAGGGAAAGCGUGCAUGUGUGUUGAGUAGAGUUCUUCGUAAUCGCUUUCAUACUCAUCUUCAUACUCAUCUUCAUACUCAUCUUCAUACCCA